AUGGUUUCUACAUCGCCUAUCCCCGUUGGGUCCAGUAUAUUCUUCUCCUUUGCGCUCUUCACGAUCUCGGUCCUCGUGUUAUUACUUAUCCGGCGCUUCCUAACUCUGCGGGCCACACCGGCCUACUUGAUCAUACCCGUCUUUCUCGCACUUGCGCUGCCUGCUAGUGUCGUGCUUCUGGUCCCUAUUGACCUAGCAUCAAGCUCGCGUGACGGAGGGAGCCCUCAGGCAAUCUGGCUUCCCGAUCGAUUGAUCUUGGUGUCCUGGCGUAUCGCCUACUGGCUCAUUUUCGUGCUAACGUGGGCCAUUCUCCCAUUACUUGGCGAAUAUAUUGAUUCGGGGUAUCGUGAUCCAAAGAGUCGCAUCCAAUACUCGAUUCGUUCGAAUGCCCGCUAUCAGCUGAUUGUUUUGUGCUGCGCGCUUGUGGGGUUGGUAUAUAUCUCUAUCCAAAAUGGCUUUCAAUUCAGGUCUAUCAAGGCACUUGUCAUGGCUCUUGCCUACGUCUGGGGUCUGGUUCUUGCAAUCUAUUUAAUGGGCCAUGGCCUUGUUUCUAUACCUCGCACGCUGUUCCGCAAUGCUAGUGUCAGCGGUCGGCUACGGAGACUCCAAUCUCAUGCCCCGCGACUACAUGACCGCCUCAUGGAUGCAAUCAAUGACCUUGAAAACCUUGAAUCCCAGGUCAAUCAGCUGCAACGUCGUAAAACCGGUUCCGCUCGCGACUUUCAAGAUUGGAUUGAAGAGUUGGGCGAGUCGUCGACUCCGCCAGAGGCACGGUCCCUUCUCCAACCUACGGAAGGGUCGGACACCGUGCCAGCUGUAAUCACAGAACGUUAUAUGGCAGAUCUUACUCGACGGCUUCAGCGCGCUCGGCACCAAAGGGCCCGCUUUGUGGACGAGUGGGACCGCUUGGUGUUGACUGCCGCGGAUUUACAAGCGAUCAUCAACUCGUCAGCGUCAAAAAAGCUGGAGUUUAGCCACUCUUCAUAUCGAUCAACAUCCCUGCCGCGAGUGAAGUUUUUGACUCCCUAUAUGCGGUACCACGUAUACGUCCAUCUCAUUCCCAGUUCACGGCUCGCCCUGGGAGCACUGUUUUCGGCUGCGUCCGUCUGCGUCGUUUGGUCUGAAUUGAUCAAGUCAUUGGCACCCCGACUGUCAAUCGUGACGCUCUCAGUAGUCUCUUACCACAAGAACCCGGCGCCUGUAGGUUUUGGACGACAAGUGGCCGCCUCCGUAUGGUUGCUGUACAUGUGCUGGGCAGCAUUGGUGGGUGUCAAUGAUGCCAAAGUCUGGGGCAAUCGUGCAUUGGUCCGCCGGAAUACGUACGGCGAAAGCGCAUGCUGGUACGCUGGGUUGGUGGCUCGGCUUACUGUACCGAUCGCAUACAAUUUCCUGACCUUUUUACCGGAGAAUGUCCGACUUGAUACCACUUUUUAUCAAUUUCUUGGGCAGUACAUCGAUCUUACGCCUCUAGGAAAGGGGUUCGAUUACUUUUUCCCCGUCUUCAUACUUUUGCCCAUCUGCGCUACGCUUUUCAACCUCUACGGCCGAGUAAAGAAUGUCUGUGGAUUUGGCCUCUUGGAAGAGGAGGAAGAGGACCUAGAGAACAACCCUGCCGGCUACGGGCUGGGCGGCUGGCGGGAAGGCCGUGACCUUAUCGACAGGGAAUUGAAUGGCCUGGGGUCUCUGGCGCUUUCCACCCGCAGUGGACAGUCGCCGCGGCCGUCGAGUCGAGCGGAUGAAGGCACACGGGGGUUUUCGUCCUCGCGCAACUCGGGGAUCGAGGCUAUACGAUCGUCUCGGCCAGCCCGGGGAGCCACUCCCGUGUCUGCUCCGUUGGAGGAGGGGGACCAGGAAACCUUCUUCCAAUCUUUUGCCCACCGGGUCAGGAACACGUUUGAAACCGCCAGUAAACCGCAGUGGCUUCAGGGCGAUGCAUUCCGACUUCCGCGGUGGAUGGGCAGCGAGGGCAACGGGGGCAACGAUGGUAAUAGCGGUCUUGCGCGAUGGUUUGGAGGCCGGCCAGAGCCUGGCGGAGUUAGGCUUUAA